UGCACAGAUUAGGUUUGGUCAUGUGUCAUGGUCUCACACUACUUUGCUCUGCAAAACCAGGAUGGCAGCCCUCUGGGUGGCUGCCUUGCUUGCCCAGGAAACUAAGCUGAAAAGCACAUAUUCUUUUCGGCUCAACAGAUGCUAAGGCGAUAAGCUGAACCUUUUAAAGUCUUCUGGGAGAUUCAAAAAGCCUGAGGCUGAGCGACUUGGGUCUUGUCCAGUUUUCUCCUCUCCAGCCACUCUGCUUAUGGACCUGUGUGUGAGCUCCGAGCAGCAGCCCAAGCGCCUGGUGGAAGGACCGAGCUCUCCAGAUGGCUGGUUAGAGGCCAAGGGGGAAGACACUCUCCAGAAAGAUGGCUCCAAUGGGCCCCCAGGAGAUUUUAACAAGAUAGAACCAUCUCUUCAUAGCCUCCAGAAAUUUGUGCCUACAGAUUAUGCCAGCUACACUCAGGAGAAUUACCUGUUUGCAGGCAAGGAGAUUGUCAUUCAAGAAUCGAUCGAGAGCUACGGAGCGGUGGUGUGGCCAGCGGCAACGGCUUUGUGUCAGUAUUUGGAGAAACAUACAGAGGAACUGAGUCUCCAAGAUGCCAAAAUACUUGAAAUUGGUGCUGGGCCAGGUCUUGUUUCCACUGUGGCCAGUAUUUUAGGAGCUCAAGUCACAGCAACAGAUAUGCCUGAUGUCCUAGGAAACCUUCAAUACAACCUUUUAAAGAACACACUAAACUGUACAACACAUCUGCCUGAAGUGAAGGAACUGGUAUGGGGAGAAGGCCUGGAACAAAACUUCCCCAAGUCAACGUUUUAUUAUGAUUAUGUGCUGGCCUCUGAUGUGGUCUACCACCACUACUUCCUGGACAAGCUGCUCACCACCAUGGCGUACCUCUGCCAGCCAGGGACGGUGUUACUUUGGGCCAACAAGUUCAGAUUCAGCGCUGAUUAUGAAUUUUUAGAAAAAUUCAAGCAAGUGUUCAAUACAACAUUCUUGGCUGAAUUUCCAGAGUCAACAGUUAAAAUUUUUAAAGGAACACGAAAGUGGGAUUAAACAAAAUGCCCUUCAAAAGACUAGUGUGUAU